AUGAACAAGAGAAGAGGGCCAUGCAUGAAGGACAUCUGCUGGAAACGUUGUCAAGGCAAAGGUGGGGGGAGGAAUGGCAACUGGGUGUCAGUGCUGGGGGAGCUGCGCGUGGUCUGUGGUGAACUGAAGGUUACGAGCCCCGUGCAGAGAAUGCAGCUGCUGCUCCGCUGCAGCCGGUCGCCACCUCGGAGGGAUGAAGGUGUGCUGCACACGAUCCGGGUCCUGGUCUGCAGGAAGGGCGUGGGCGGGGCCACAGGAAGCGGCAACGCUGCGGCCGCGGCGCGGGCGGGGGGCCGGCUCCGCAGAGCCUGGGAGCGGCGGGACGUGCAGCUGCGGGGCUCCGGCCGGCGUGGACCAGGCUGGCCAGGGAUGGUGACCCGCGGGGCCCUGGGAGUCCUGCUCCUCCUGCACCUGGCCUCAGCCAGGCAGGAGGUGGUUCUCCAGAGGCAGCUCCCUUGCCGUUCCGCUCCCAAGAAAGCCGGCCCCACCCCUGGCCCACCUGGCCAGCUCUCCCUGGCGCUCUGUGCCGGCUGCAGGGAUACCCUCGGGCAGAGGAAGCUGCGCCCUUCCCGUGCACCCAUCUCCGAGCCUUGCCUGCUCCUGCAGUUUCGCUCUUGGUUCAAUCAGAAGAAUUCCGCAGCCGUACCUGAGGAGUCCAGACAACCCUGCAAAGGACUCAUCAAUGCAAACCGGUUUGACGACUUCGGCCUUGAGGACACUGCUAGGUGCUUCUCAGCGUGUGCACAGUCAGGGAAUGAAUCCUGCAAUCUGGGAAACUUGCAGAGAUACUGGCUGAACUAUGAGAUCCAUCUGGUGGAGAAGAGUCUGGCAGAGGCAGUGAAUAUGGGCUUUUUGAAGGCUCUUGUCAAGAACAUCAGCACCAACGUCUCAGAAGACCUGCACUUCUCUCUGACCCCCUCUCAGAUUCCGAAGCAGGUGACAGAGGACGAGCACCGGCACCCUGACAGAGUCCGGCUGCCCAGGAGCCUUUUUGGAUCCUUGCAGGGAAGCAGGCCAAUGGUUCGGUUGGCCAUAACCAUCCUGGAUGUUGGUUCGGGGAAUGUCUUCAAGGGCCCCCGGCUCAGCCUAGAGGAUGGCAGCAGCGUGUUGAACAAUCACGUGGUGGGCUUAAGUUUGGGUCAUAUAAACGUCACCGGUCUGGCUGAGCCUUUGGAGAUCACCUUCUCCCACCAGCACCAGCCUCCUAACGUGACCCUCAGCUGUGUAUUCUGGGACGUGACUAAAGGGUCCUCAGGAGACUGGGCUUCCAAGGGCUGCUCCACAGACUUCGGAGUCAAUAGGACCAUCUGCCGCUGUGACCACCUGACCUUCUUUGCCCUGCUGCUGAGGCCGAUCUUGGACCAAGUCAGCGUAAAGGCCCUCACACGCAUUUCCCAGGCUGGCUGCGGAACCUCCAUGAUCUUCCUGGCCUUCACCAUUGUCCUCUAUGCUUUCCUGAGGUUUUCCCGGCAGAGGUUGAACUCCGAGGACGCCCCCAAGAUCCAUGUGGCCUUGAGCGUCAGCUUAUUUCUCCUGAAUCUGGCGUUCUUCAUCAAUGUGGGGCAUGGCCCGAAGGGGUCCGAUGCUGCCUGUUGGGCCCGGGGCGCCGUCUUCCACUAUUUGCUGCUCUGUGCCUUCACCUGGAUGGGCCUGGAAGCCUUCCACCUCUACCUGCUUGUCAUCAGGGUCUUCAACACCUACUUCGGGCAUUACUUCCUGAAGCUGAGCCUCGUGGGCUGGGGCCUGCCUGCCCUAAUAGUCAUCGGCGCUGGGAGCGCCAACAGCUAUGGCCCCUAUGCCAUCCGUGACAAGAAGAACACCGCCACGCUGGAGCUGUGCUGGUUCUGUGAGAAAACUGCCAUCUCUGCGCUCUACGUCACUGUCCACGGCUAUUUCCUCAUCACCUUCCUCUUCAGCGCCGUGGUCCUGGUCCUGGUGGCCUUGAAGAUCUUCACCCUGUCGAGUGCCACGGCGGGCAAGGAGAAGCGGCAGCACUGGAAGGGGGUCCUCACCCUGCUGGGCCUCUCGAGCCUGGUGGGCGUGGCCUGGGGGCUGGCCAUCCUCACGCCCCUAGGCCUGUCCACCACCUACGUCUUUGCACUGUUCACCUCUCUGCAAGGUGUCUUCAUCUUCUGCUGGUUUGUCGUUCUCUACUUCCCAAGCCAGAGCACCGUGACCUCGUCUUCCGGCACUGCCCGGGCUGACCAGGACCUCACCGUGUCUCAUGAAUAG